GUAUGGUAAACCUCUUGCCACCAUCAGUUACUGCACCAAUUACACUCGGUACAGUUUCAAUUGUAUUUGAUUAUAUAUUUCAAUCGCAUAGAAGUGAAUUGUUGGAGCAAAAUUGUUAGUAUUAUAUAAUUAUCCAAUCACCUUAUCAUCUAAUUGUUAAAAUAAUUUGCAUAUCCACUAUCAUAUAACCAUAUAAAUCAUAAUGUCCAGAAGAUACGAUUCUAGAACCACUAUUUUCUCACCGGAAGGUAGAUUAUAUCAAGUAGAAUAUGCUCAAGAAGCUAUAUCAUUGGCUGGUACAGCCAUAGGUAUUUUAUCUACUGAAGGAGUUGUAUUAGCUUGUGAAAAGAAAGUAACUUCAAAAUUAUUAGAUAAUGAUGGUAGUGCCGAAAAAUUAUAUGUUAUUAAUAAUAAUAUGAUUUGUGCUGUAGCAGGUAUGACUGCUGAUGCAUCUAUUUUAGUUAAUAAUGCUAGAAUUAAUGCUCAACUGUAUUUAAAAACUUAUAAUGAAGAAAUUCCUUGUGAAAUUUUAAUUAAAAGAGUUUGUGAUAUUAAACAAGGUUAUACUCAACAUGGAGGUUUAAGACCCUUUGGUGUAAGUUUCUUAUAUGCUGGUUAUGAUGAUAGAUAUCAAUUCCAAUUAUUUACAUCUAAUCCUUCUGGUAAUUAUAGUGGAUGGAGAGCUACUUCAAUUGGAGCCAAUAAUUCUGCUGCACAAACUUUAUUAAAGAAAGAUUAUAAAGAUGAUUUAACUUUAAAGGAAGCAUGUGAAUUAGCCAUUAAGAUUUUAUCAAAAACUAUGGAUUCAUCAAAUUUAAAUAGUGAAAAAUUGGAAUUUGCAACAUUAAGUUUAUCAAAGGUAAAUGAAGGUAAAGUAUUACAUAAAAUAUGGUCAGCCAAAGAUAUUGAUUCAUUAAUUAAAGAUUCUGGAGUGUUGGAUGAUAAGAGAGAUGAUGAUGAUUAGAUCCAUGAAUACAUAGUAAAUAUAUAAUAUACAAUAUACAAUAUACAGUAUUAAUACAUAAGCAAUCAUAAAAAAUGAUCACAAUAAU